AUGGAUACUGGCACUUUACCACCUGAAUAUUAUUCUAAAUUAGAAAAGCUGAAAAAAGAAUUGGACGAUGAAGAUAUAACCGAAAAGGGAUUUGAAAAAAAAAAGAAAGCAUUAUUAGAAAACUAUAAAUAUUAUAUUCCAGUCGAUAACAAUAUUUCGUCGAUUUCUUCCGCGCCUACUCUCAAUUUACCACCAUUUGAUUAUGAUAAAAGAACAUCACCUGAUAACAGCAAUAUUCCACAAAAAUUUUACGCUUCGAAUGGAGAAAGUAAUCCAUUACAAAAUUUUGGUUCAGACAAUAAUAACCCUCAACUCAAUCUUUAUCUUGAUGAUGAGAAUCCUUAUUUUCGCAAUCAACACCGUAAUUCAACUCAAACUAGAAUACCUCCACAUGUAAAAGUAUCACCAUCACAUAAUCGUACUCAUAGUGAAAACGACGCAAUUGAUAGUUUUAAGUGGAGGCCUCCCAUAGUAUCGCGAGCAACUGAUCCUAGCCAAUCGAACGUAAAUUUUCUUACAACUCCACCUGUACCAGCUUCUUUAGAUCCCAAUCCUUCACAAUGGGGGAGUAGGUCAUUACCACCUACACCAGGUUAUAUGCCCGUACAACAAGGUUAUAAUCCCUCAUUUCCCUAUCAUUCUUCACCAGCCGGGUAUGGCUCAGGUGUGAGUCGACCAAUGAUGGUGAGACCUAGACCACCAUUACCACUACCACCAUAUCCAAUGCCCUACCCAAAUGGUAUGUAUAGUUCAGUGCAUAGACCAAUACCCGGUCCAAAUGUUAGACCUCAACCACCAAGGCCGGUGCAAUAUAUUCGUCCACUUUUUAAUGAUAAUCCAACGGUAGGAAGGACACAGCAGAUUAUUAACGAUGAGUUGGAUGUGAGUGCGGAAGCUACCAAAGUUCAAGAUGAUAAUGAAUCAAUUAGAUCUAGUACAUCUUAUGCUUUCAAACUGGAUGGUUUAAUAAAUCCAUCUAUACCUAGCAUUGAAAGAUUUACCAAAUCCGAUGAUAAAAUUGGAAUAA